CUUUCGGACCAUGUUGCAUAGCCUCUCCUCUGAGCCGAGCAAGGUUUCGGAACCCGACGCAAAACCUCCCGAUUUUGGUCAACCAUCACGUCUGCGAUGCUACCUCUUGUCUGUCACUGUCCUUCUCUUAUGGUCCUUUACGCAAACGCCUUGCCCAAAAGAGCCUCCCGGAUUGGGAAACACCGAUCAUCAAAGUAUCAAUGGCGCCAGGUGAUUGGAUGAAACUCCGAGAUCCGGAGCGGGACUGCCGUGGUGUUUCGAUGCAAUGGUACGGGAAGCGGUUGGAACAAGGUUUGGACACCCCUGUAAAACGGUAAACAGUCACGCCGAGGCGUUGCAUGUAAAUGGGAUGCUAGGGAAAACUGCGUCUCUGCGCAGCACAGCAUUGGACUGGGCCCUCAAAUUGGAUGAGAUGAGGGACGCCGACGGCAUAUACAUACGAGAUGGCACCUUUCCCCCAUUGGCGAAUCUUUCACGAGACUAAGCUCUGCACAGCCAGCCAUCCUCUCAAUAUACCGGCCCAACAUAAACACCACCAGCUGCUGUGUUGUUUUGACAACGGACCACCGUCUGCUUUCUCUUCUUGUAAUUCGUCCUCAUUCCUCUACCUCACCCUUUCUGCUUGUGCCCUGCUUGCCUUUACAGCUUGCCACCUUGCAGCCUGCGUCACAUAUCGAAAAGCCAACGAACCGUGGCUGUAUGUUGCUUUAGCCGGUGGUGCAACCUCGCGCAUGUAUAAGGGCACUGCGGCAUAAUACAACCACGAAGGCGAGCUUUCGAUACCCCCGGACACGCCGAACGCUGUGAUAGUCAUAUCAUCAAUUACACCUCGAUCUUGGAUCUCGCGAUUGUCGUCGGCAGGUAUCGCGAAGAUCAUAAAGUCCAGCGCCUUGACUACAAUUCCAUCUUCCCAACAUCAAUUCCAAGGGCGCCCGGUUGAUCGGACCCGCCCACAAGAUCUCGGUCCGCUUAACUUGGCCAUUUACAGCCGCCCGUGCAUCAAGUCACAAGAUGAAGUCGACAACCUUUCUCACCACCGUCGCUAUGGCACAUAUGGCGCUAUGCGUGCCGGUACCGUGGAUGGCCGGCGACAAUGUCUUGCUUUCACUGAACAGGAAUGUGCCGAGCAGCGCAGCUUCCGGUCGAGAUCCAAAGUCUGAUAAAGCCUUUGUUCUUGCUACCUCUCACCUUGCUCCCGGUCCGAUCCUCCAAAAGGCUGAACGUUCAUUCAACUCGUUAUGGGAUACUUGGAAGAAGAAGCAUGGCUCAGGACGGGCACUGAUUGUCGAUAACGCGAGGAAGGAUAUCCCGGUGUUGGUCAUCACGGAAUUGGGGGAGCUGGGAGUCGGGAUACCUUCAUCAUCGCAGCCACCCUCAAAACAAGCGUCCGACCCCAAGCAGAAACCAGUAUCGGCAUCGUCUGGCAACGAGAAGGCGGAUAAUGUUUCGGUUACGGAAAUGGGGGAGUUGAGCAUCGGAAUACCUUCGUCAAUGUCGUCGCCACCUUCGCCCUCGUCGUCGUCGUCGUCCUCUUCGUUAUCAUCAUCGUCUCAACCGUCCAAUGGCACAUCACCGUGCCCCUUCUAUGUCGAAAAACCCCGCGAUCAUGAUGAUGUGCUGGUCAUAUUCCUGGUGUCGGCCUUCCUACUCGUUGUCGUCGUGGUCGAAACUUGGGGUCCUGUUUGUCGAAGUGUAAAAAACAUGUUCUCAUCGAAACGGAAGGGCGCCAUUCAGUUGGCCGAGGAGACAGAGACGAAACCCAAGUCGUUUCGGGAUAAUUCGAUCCUGGUCAAGUCGGAGAGCGGUUGAGGUCGGGGGUAUUUGGAAAGAGCUUAAAAACUGAAUGAGGGCAUGUCGUCCAGGUGGAACCUCGGAUGGAAUCAUGGAGUGGGGCGAAUGAAGGUGCAUGCAUAUCUGGGCGUUUUGGAUCGUAGGAAAUGGGCGGCAUAUCGGACAGCUUUUUCGGUGACUUUGAAUCUUAUAUCGUCGGUUUGGGAUGCAUGCUGUUUCUCGUGUCGGAUACUCGGGGUUUCAAUCCUUCGUUCGGGCCGGAUACUCUUGUCGUUGUCGACUGACUGUACACAUGGACGUGUUUGAUGCGCCAAUUGUAUCUCCGUGGAUUGGACGCUCGUUGUCGAUGGACUUUGGUGGCGACUGAUCGACAUGCUCUCGCUUUUCCAUGUUGGCGUUUUCUCCACCGAUUCAGUUCCCAUUGCUACCCGCAUUUCGUGUCGACAUGGCUGCGCGGUUUGAUCAGAGUCGUUUCGGCAGUCUCGAAAGAAAAGGAAAGUGCAGAAAGAUGGCAUUCGACAGAUAUUAUACUCGGCGCAAACCAAAAGGAUUUUCGCAAUCCGGAACCUUCGGCUUUCUCCUCGGGCAGCAUUUGAUAUCCGAUCCGGUCGUCGCGGAUGAUGUCUUGGCAUUCGACCGAAUGGUCUUGGCAGCGUCGUCAGCAGCAUUCAGCAGACGGGAACCGCAAACACAUUACAGCAGACGUUCUGGUGGUUCCCGCGCUGAAUGGAGUCAACAAACCACACUGAAUUGCCAAGUCAGCACCGAUAAAUGAGUGACACGCAACAGAGCCCCAAGACUUCUCAAAGUACACCAUCACCAAACGGCACCUAUCACUCGAUGCCACAUAAAGACAUUCUCUGUUCGCAGUUGGCAUACGACAUAUAAACCUGUUUGAUAAUCCCAAUUUCGUCCUCGAGCCUCCGUUGAAGGCUUAGACUGCUCACAGCCUUGUUAUACCUUUGUUCAAUUUGGGAGUCUAUACAGACACAACCUCAACAAUCCCAUGACAUGCUUUACAUACUUAGUAUAAUGUUCCGAAAAGCUGCCUUCUCAGCACCAUCCAGA